AUGUUUUGCUCCAGAGGAAGUCGAAAGUCCUAUAUUGGAAAUAUAAUUCAAAGUACCAAGCCUGUUGUACAGCCAAGGAGGAAUUUUCAUCCCGAAAUCGAAAAGCAAAUCAAGGUGGAAAUUGAAAAGUUGCUAGCCGCUGGAUUCAUCAAACCAAUCAAGCACCCGACAUGGUUGGCAAACAUUGUUCUUGUCAAAAAGAAGACUAGAGUAAUUAGAGUAUGCACAGACUACCGAGACCUCAACCGAGCUUGUCGAAAGGAUGAAUUCCCACUACCCAACAUGGAUAUCUUGAUCGAUUCAACCUCAGGCCAAGGCAUGCUAUCCUUCAUGGAUGCGUUUAGUGGCUACAAUCAGAUCAAAAUGUCACCCAAGGAUGCCAACCUUUUCUGGGUCACCGAUAUUGCUGAGGGUUCGGACCUUGUUGCGGCCACUAUCAACUUUGCACAAAACACCCCUGAGUGCACGUAA